AGCCAAAAAAAAAAAAAAAAAAAAAAAGGGAAAAAAAGAAAAAAAAUAUUUUUGGAGAUAUAUUUUUCCAAGGUAUUUUCCGUCUGUUCUUGCCGUUUGGCAAAGCUGAGAAGCUCAAGAUAUGGCGUGCAUACUCUCAUCUUCUUGUUCUCCAGCUCCGUUAACUCGGACCCAUCUCUCUUUCGAGUUGCUUCCGGCUCGUUCUUCUUCAAGUUCACUCUCAUGGGUUUCUUCGUUUCCUACCAUUAACAUAUCCACCAUCAAAGUCCCGCCCUUUUGUCCACUCAACAAGGAGGAUUGUUUUAUUCGAGCAGCGGCAUGGACCAGGAGAUCCCGAGGCGAAUUGGCUAAAAAACCUAACAGAAAAUCAUGGAAACAGAGGACAGAAAUGUAUAUGAAGCCGUUCUUGCUGAAUGUUUUCUUUUCAAAAAAAUUUAUUCAUGCAAAGGUGAUGCACCGGGGAACAAGCAAAGUGAUAUCGGUGGCUACAACAAACGCAAAGGAUCUUAGGAACAAUUUACCUUCACUUACAGAUCAUAAUGCAUGCAGAGUUAUUGGAAAGCUUAUCGCUGAGAGAUCAAAGGAAGCUGACGUUUAUGCUAUGUCUUAUGAACCCAGAAAAGGUGAGCGUAUUGAAGGCAAGCUUGGAAUUGUUCUUGAUACCAUUAAAGAAAAUGGAAUUAUAUUUGUUUGAUUCUACAUGUAUUAUAUUUCUCCUUUCUUUUCUACCAUGCUCAAUCAAAAAAAUUAUAUAUAAAAAAAAAAAAAAAAACUUUUUCUAAAUUUUUUUCUUCUGAGUUUUCUCAA